GUCUGUUAAAGGGUUCAUUUUGUACUCUGUAGCCUAUGAAGUUUUUAUUUUUAUUUACUCUGCAUCUUGCAUCAAUAUCUGUUUCACUAAAAGUCUCAAAAUGUGGCAUAUGGACGGGGGAUGGAGAACGUUUUACCCCUCCGAAAACAUGGGCGGGGCAGAAGCUGAAUGGGUCUGUUAAAGGGUUAAUUCUGGACCGCUGGGACAGGAAGAUGUUCAUAUCUGUGAAACUUUAAGGCCAUAGCUACUGCUUUAAGGAAUUCAAGUUCAGUUUCUUAAGGAAUAAAUGCUCCGGUAUACGUGUGUAGCCUAUCAUUGGAUUAAACGUGGUUUCAUCCAGGAUUGAAACGGACUGGGUAAACACAAGGAAGGGAAGUUUUCUCGAGCGGGUCAGUGCUCCAGAAAACAGUGGAAAAUGAGAUAGGUGGAGUUUUCAGACAUUUUGAAAGGUACAGGACGAAAGACAACGUGUCCGGAGGAAGUCCAUGGUAAGGUUUGGAAGCAUGUCCUACAGCGACCAGACUCCACCCAGUCCCAACAGGACCAGCGGGAAUAACUCUGGGGCACAGUAUGCUACCGCUGCACUGGGAGUGGGCCUCGUCGCUCUGGGGAUCGUCAUGAUUGUGUGGAGCGUGGUGCCGGCAGGGUCCGGUGGGAACAGCUCCAGACCAGGCAUGGAAUCCAGUCAAGUUAAGGAGACCUCGUCCGUGGCUUUCGUCCUAGUGGGGGGAGGAGUGGCGCUGCUGCUGCUGUCUGUGUGUCUGAGCGUACGGAACAAACACCGGGCGGCCAGGGGACAGGAAGCCGGCAGUACACCCGCUGACACACAGGGGGAAGGGGCUAUGACGGAUCAGAACUACAUGGUGCCCACUUAUGAGGAGGUGGUUAUGAGUGGCCAGUAUCCCAUUACUCAGUCCUCUGAGCGACACAACAGCGUCACACAGCUGCCAGCCUAUGAGGAGCUAGAGGAAGAUCAGCACACCGUACUGGAUGGGUCCAGCCCAGCACGCAGACCCUCAUCCCAAAUCGACCCCAGCACUGGAGCGGGCAGCCGCAGAAACAGUCGUCCCAGUCGCAAGCUGAUUCCCCUUAAAAUUAGGCGCAUCAGAUCGGACAACCUCAGAAGGAAAAGCUUAAGCGACAUCCAGCAGAACAACGUGUUCACCAUCGAACCUCUCACUCCACCCCCACAGUAUGAUGAUAAAGACCCCCCGCUUCCUCCUAACACACAACAGUGAACCGUGCUGGAGGUUUACACUGACAUUGAAGUGUCAAAAUGUGAUGAAGUGCGUUUACCUCCUUUUAUGAAAUAUUACAGCACUGAACUCCAUAUAUCCUCUGGAUAGGAUGUGCCACUAUCAACAGCACCAAGUUCACAGUGUUCUGUAAAGGUGAAGAGCCUUCACAAUGUCUUCCUGACUGUGUUGGUUGUACAUUUCCUGUUUGGGGGAAUGAACAAAACUUAACAAAAAAAAAAGCUGUUUGGAAUAAAACCUAACUGGAUUUUUGAAAGAUGUUUACUGAACAACUGCUGGUCUUGUCAUUGCUGUUAAACUUGAAAUUCAGCAUCCGAGCUGCCCAGACCUUUAUUUCAUAGGACGUCCGCAAGAACUUUUGAAGAGAUGUCAAACUAUAAACUGUGAGUCACAUCAGCACUGUUGCGUUUUUGCACUUAUGGUUGUGUGUGUGUGUGUGUGUGUGUGUGGAAGAGGGCAUGUGAUGUUUUGUAAAUUUUCUGCGAACUUGGGUUUAGUUUGUGUGUUGGCUUUAACUUUCUGUUUGUGUGCAAGUAUGAUUGUUCUUAGUGACCUUGUUGCUGGCGUGACAAACUGUGAGGUCAUCCGUAUGUGCCUCUCCUCAUGGUUUAUGACACAGAGAGGUUCUUUGACCCUGCAGCUGCUUUAUAUCACUCUCUCACCAACACACACCACCAGACACUGAGAAAUUCUUGUCUCCCUUUUCACUAACUUGGAUACACAAACACUCAGUCUUUUCAUCCCUUUAUUUUUCAAUUUCAGAGUUGUGCGAAGACAACUGUGUUUCUCAUAGGGCAGCUGUGGCAGCAUCUCCAUGCUGUGAAGUUCAAGCUCCCUGUCAUCUGUCUGAGGCUAGCACUACUCCUCUAAACACUCCCAAGAUUUUCACAUAAAGACACACCCGUAACUGGUUGUUAUUGAAAUCAGUGUUUCUUUUUCUGGAGUUUUUGCUGAUGACACUGCAGUUUAAGACGUGUGGAUGGAAAAUGUUGCUGAAUUUCAUGUGCUAUUUAAUGAUGUUAUUUGUUUCUUCUGUUAAUUAUUAUUAUUAUUGUUUUCUCUUUUUUGGAAUAUUCUGUUCAGAAUUGUAAUAUGGUAUGAUAAAUAAAAAAGGUUUGGCAUGUAGUAAAGUUUAAACAAAUUAUAUAAUAAAAAUGGUACCCUGCUUUAGAUAUUA